AUGCGCGCAGGAGAUAAUGCACUUGUGCUUUCCAAGCUGUCGAGAAACACAAUCACUCGAGCGGGUAAACUGGUUGUGCCAACCAAUGUCGGAAUUCUUUUCUCUUGGCUGGUCUGCCAGUUGAACGGAUAUCGAGUAGCAAGUCAAGUUGAUUCUUCAUGGAUUCGAGUGGUGGCUGCUGAACGGGGGCCAACAUUCAGUGCUGCAAUACUUGGACUCUAUCGCAACUUGGUACUGUUUUGGCAUGGUGGUUCUUCCCCAUAUGAUCCUGUUUAUUGGACUAUCCCUUUCUUUUUGAAAGGAUCCAUGUUGGUCUACUUAACUCUCAUGGCGACGACAUUCACUCGCCCGAAGUUUACCAAGUGGCUUCUUAUUUUCCUUUAUUGCUUCGCUUGGUCAGGUGGACAAGCUUUAAUGGAAACGAAUGUGUAUGCCGGAAUGUUCUUAGCGGAGUUAAAUGCCGAUUAUGGUGCCCAGGCACCCUCAAUGAUGCCCUGGCCCAUAUCGACACUGAUGAUGUUAAGUGGCCUUUUUCUCGCUUCCUUUCCAGACGAAAAUCCGACAUGGGCGCCAUGGAGCCGGGCCUUGAAUUCACUAGCACAAUAUAUUGUCCCUGCAGGCGGCGAGAUAAAUCGAUAUGUGGUAUCCUUUGGAACUACCCUUUUCGUCUUCGGCGUGUUUUUCUCGCGUGAGGGGAGACAGAUUCUUUCACAUCCGUUUAUGAACUUCCUUGGUCGGAUUUCAUUCCCCAUUUAUCUCCUGCAUGAUAUUUUCAUUCGCACCAUCCUCUCGUGGCUUGUUUACCGACAAUCUAUAUUUCAGAAAGGACUGUCCCCGACCGAUCAAGAAGGCAAGCCGAUGUGGUUUGAGAGAGGGGGCACUUUGACUUUUGCGAUCGCGAUACCUUUGUUUUAUAUCAUCUUGAUAUACAUUGCACACUUGUGGACAAUUUACGUGGAUCCUCUGUGUGGGAGACUUGUGUUAUGGUUUAGCAAACAAGCCUUUGGUGAGGAUGAUGAGUCUGCACUCAUGAACAAGGAAAAGUUGGAAGGCAUAUUGAAGACGUGA